AUGGACCUUCUGCCGAACGCAGCGCUCGAGUCCUUGAGACUCGACGAUGAGAAUUCAGUCAAGAAGAUAUGCAUCGUCGGCGGAGGCCCCGGCGGGCUCUGUGCCCUCAAAAUGAUUAUGGACACCCCGCAAUACAAAGAUGGACUUUGGGUCCCCACUGCAUUCGAAGAGCGCGAGAAGGUAGGCGGUAUCUGGGUACCUGCACCCCCCGUUGACGAUCCCCCCAUCACGCCGCUCUACGACUCGCUCACGACCAACCUCCCCCACCCGCUCAUGUGCUAUGAGUCCUUCCUCUUUCCACCCUCCACCGCGCUCUUCCCAACUGCAGCCGUCGUCGAGAAGUACCUCAGCGACUACGCCGCACACUACAAGCUCGACCAGCACCUCCGGCUCAGCACUCCAGUCCUCAACGCGGACUGGCUCCCAGAGAGCUCGAAAUGGAACGUUCGCGUGGGCGGGGGCGAGGAGGGCCAGUACGACCUCCUCAUCGUCGCGAACGGACACUACCGGUUCCCGCGCUGGCCGACGACGCCCGGGCUCGACGCCUGGCGCGCGCGGGGCAAGGCGACGCACUCGGCGUGGUUCCGCCGCCCCGAGAACUUUGGCGACACCGUGCUCGUCGUCGGCGGCGGGCCCAGCGGGACCGACAUCGCCCGCGACAUGCGCGCCGCGGCGUGCGUCGUCGUCCACUCCGUCACGAACGGCAUCCGCGAGGACACCGACGGCGGCGCAUACAGGCGGCGCGGGCGCGUCGCCGAGUUCCUCGACGCGGGCGCCGGCCGCGUGCGCUACGAGGACGGCAGCGUCGACGAGGGCAUCGCCCACUGCAUCCUCGCGACGGGAUACCAGCACCAGCAGCCCUACCUGUCCCCCACACUCCUGCGCCUCGCCGUGCCGCCCCCGACCCCGCCGCUGCCUCGCGUGCUGUACAAUUCGACGUACCACCUCUUCCCCCUCGCGCGGCAUCUGUUCCCGCUCGCGGGCGUCCCGCCAAGCCGGCUUGCGUUCCUCGGACUGCUGAAGGGCGUCGCGCCGCUGCCGCUCAUGGAGGCGCAGAUGCGCGCCGUGCUGCACGCGUUCGCGCACCCCGACACCAUCGAUGCGACGCGGGAGGCGGUUGGCGUCGUUGCGCGCUACGAAGACCUGCGGGCGCACCUCGGGCCGGGCGCGGACGAGCAGCAGAUCGCGGUGCGGUGGCAUGUGUUCGUGCCGCAGGAGCAGUACGACUACCGCGACGAGUUGCAUGUGUUUGCGGGCGUGCCGGAGCGCGUGCCGCAGUGGAUGCGCGACUUGUAUCACAGGCGAGACGCGAUGCGCACGGAGUGGCGGGAGCUGGAGCAUACAGGAGAGGCUGACGAGUGGGUGCGUGGGGUCGGCGAGGGCGGGGUGGACGAGUGGGUCGAGCUCAUGCACAAGCUGCUGCGACGCGCGGAGGAUAAGAAGAGGGAUAGCGGGGACGAACAGAAGACAAAACUAUGA